UCUUGUUGCUUGCAGACCCGCAGCUCUUCGGCCUUUAACGGCUCAGAGGGCGGGGUCACGUGGGAUGGUGACAGCUUGCACCGCGCCCGUUCAUUGGCCGAGCGUCUCUCGGGGGCCGCCCCCCUUCUGGAUAAGCUGUCCCUUGCGACGUCACUGCGAUCAGCUGUUGGAGCUCCACAACAACAACAAAAGAAGGAGCAGUCGGGGGACGAGGAGGAAACGGACUGACGGGGGAAGAGAAGCUGCGACUCCCGAUGAACAGUCCCUGUUUAUAUAUAUAUAUAUAUAUACUUGUACAUAAAUAUACAAAUUUUAUUUCUUCCGAGAAGAAACCUCAAGUUUUUAUAUUAUUAUAAUUUUGUAUUUUUUUGUCGAGAAGAACCGCGUCUACCUCGGUCUGACGGAUCCGUCUACAUGUCGCCCUGCAGCAGGGUUUUUCAAGCGAUGUUCGCCCUGCGUCUGCCGGCCCUCGGAGGACCCGUGACCACACCUUGUUGAUGCACUUUAUCGCCCUCUUUCCGGAGCCAUCCUUCUCGCCGCCGCGCAACCCCGCAGCUGAUGACCAAAGUGCCCGCCACGCCUCCCAGCCGUCGCUGCGUGCCGCGUGCUCCCCCCCCAGCCCCUCCCUCAGCCUCACGCCCCCGCAGGACGUCCCGGAGCCAUGUUCCACCGAUUCGCCAGCGCUCUGUUCGGGGACGACGUGGACGAGCUGAGCCGAUGCAGCCGACCUGGAGACGGCAAAGAAGAGGAGGAGGAGGAGGAGGAAGACUGGAUCCUGGUCAACUACCUGGCUGACGCCUGCUCCGGUCAGCGUGGUGACGUUCUGUCCGGAUCCACCGCUGGUCAUGACGAGGAGGAGGAGGAGGAGGAGGAGGAGGAGGAAGACGACCUGGUGAUGAUCCCCUCUCCGGCCGCCAGCCCUGCAAUUCGCUACGCGUCCUGCACCUCCCUCAACUCCACGGCCGACACCGACCUGGACGGCGGUGCUGAGGAGGAGGAAGACGAGGAGGGGGAGGAGGAGGAGGAGGAAGAGGAGAGCAGCUUCCUGCAUCUGGACGCCUGCUCUCUGGAAGAAAGCUGGUUCGUCACGCCGCCGCCCUGCUUCACCGGCAGCUGCAGCCAGCCCGUCCACCUGGAGGCCAGCCCCCUGGAGAACCUGCUGAUCGAGCACCCCAGCAUGUCAGUGUACGCCCACCGCAGCCCCCCCCGGCUGACCCUCGACCCCCUGCCGUGCUCGCUCGACCGGGAGCUGGACUUCCUGUCUGGCAACGUGCCCGCCGCCCCGACGGCCGCCGGCGGGAAGGAGAAGGCGAGACGCACGCUGGACGGCCCCCGUCACAGGCCAGAGGUGGCGAUGGCCCAGCGUCGCUCCGGCCUCCACUCCGCCUGCUACGCCGCGGCGCUCUCCGCCCGCGCUGGGCUCCUGCUGCCGCAGCGGACGGGCAACGCCGGCCAGCGCCUCCAGCCGUUGUCCCGCAACGCGCUGCGACGCCUCAACCGGCUGCGCCCGCCGAAGGCCAGCGCCGUGCACCUGCACCAGCCCGGACAGAGACACCUGAACUUCUGAGGCCACGGCCACCUUCAUCUUCACCAUCAUCAUCUUCAUCAUCCACCUUAAGUCUUUCAGCAGUUUGGGCAUCGAUCUUCACCCACAAACAAAAAUCAACACCAGCAACAAAUCCGACAUCAUCAGCAUCUGUUCUGAAAUCUGAUUGGACGGUGAAAAAGGCUGCUGAAUCCUUUUAUUGGAUCAGCUCGUGAAGGUGCAGCCAAGUGUCUCGUGUCCUCCUCCUCAUCCUCCUCUUCAUCCGUCCAUCCUCCUUCAUGUCGAUGCUGAGCAGAAGGAACGUGGUGAAUAGAAAAAGUCCCCGGCCCCUCCCCCUCCCUCUUCUUUGUGUCCAAUCACGGCGACGUGCAUUGUCACGGCGACGUCCUCCUCGUCUCCUUCUUCGUCUUCUUCUUCUUGUUCUUCGUGAACAACCUAACAUGUAGACUCGAUGCUGUAGGUCACUUUACUCAGCGGCAGGUUCAUUGUGUGGCCGGAGGGUUCAUUCUGGCAACUUUCCGGGCAACUUAGCAGGCAACACGAGACAUUACACAUCCUACAUCACUUGAACACAUGUACAGUACAGUGCAGCAGCAGCAGCGUUGCCAUUUAAUCCGGAGUGUUGUUGUUAGUUGCGGCCCAAAAAAAGUUGCCAGUGCGAGAGUCACUGCGACUUUUACAGGGAAAGUCCCCUCAAAGAACGUCGACGCUCAGCAGGUUGUCGUCCCCCUCCUCCUCCUCCUCCUCCUCGUUGUCGUCGUCGUCCGUUUCUGUGCAGGAGGGACAUUGGCCUGCUGAACAGGGCCAUUAAACUAGUUGCAUUGUGGGAAAUGUAGUGUCCAGCGUUUCGGGAGUUUGGCAGGAUCUCACACACUCUAGACUCUAGAGCUAUAGAUAUGAUUAUUGUUUGAAUACGGGAGGUCGACCGACAACGGGUCAACGCGCUGCGUUCACAGACGUUUCUGUGAAACUUUUUUAUUGUUUUUUAUUUCUGUGUUUCUUCCAUUUGUGAUUGUCUCGAGUGCCAAGGACGCCGGACGCGGGUCUGCAGCUCCCCCUGCUGACGAGGGGCUGCACCUGCCAAAGCAAAAACAGUUUUUUCUAAAAUAAUAAUUCUAGUAAUUUUAGAACAUUCAGUGUAUUUGUUUUUUUGUAAUUUAGUUUUGAUAACCGUUGCGUAGACGUGUCUCUGAAAAAAAGAACCUCAUGAUUUCUUUAACGGCCCAUGAAGCCUGUUGCCGUGUAAAAUAAUUUUUGCCCGCUGAAAUGAAAACACAAAUGAUCCUGAAGGAAUCGAACGGUGUGUUUAAGGCUUUGAGGGGAUGUUUCUUUAAUAUUCAGAGGAUCACUGAUUCACCGUCUCGGUGCGAAUCCUGCAGUGACAUCACCUUGUCGACCCGACCCGACCCGAACCUGCCUCUGACUUUGAAAUUCAGUACUUUUCACAAUAUCUUUUUGACAAAAAAGGAAAAAAUAAUUUACUGGGUUGUAUAUCACUAAACGCCUUGUUUUAACGGUUUAGCUUUGACAUGAAUAGAAAUGUAAAAAAAAAAAAAAAAAAAGUAUUUAAAAAAAAACUUCCAAAAUAUUUUUUGAAAAGAAAAAAAUGACAUAUCAGUAUGAAGUUGGUUUAUAUACGUCUGUGGUUUUAGGAAUGUUUGGUCGGCGUGUUGCACGGUUGUAGAGUUGUAGAGAGAAGAAAAAAAAGAAAAUGGGGAAAAAGAUGAUUUUUCUUUUAAUUAUUAUUAUUAUGUUUUGGGUCUUAAAUGAAUCUGCAGUCCACUUCUCAGGGUCACAACCAAUCACCUUCACACUUUUAGGAAAAUGCAGAUUUACUUGACGGGCUGAUGAUUCUUCAUGCGCUCUCACACUUUCCCGGCUUUUUUCCCGUUCGCGGGAACGUUUGUGAGGAAUAAUCAACUUCGUCCUGGUCUGAGAAAACAAACUGUCGGAUCAAGACGGAGAGAAACUUUUUUUUCUGUUUAAAUAUUAUAUAUAUAUAUAUAUAUAUAUAUAUAUAUAUAUAUAUUUUUGUGUACCUAUAACAUGAUUUUAGAAUUGUACUUUACGCUUUUUUAAUUGUUACAUUUUUUCCACGUUAACUUAGUUAUGUCUUUUUCUGAAACUGUUAAAAAUAUUCAAACCAAAAAAAAGUAGCAGUGACCUUUUAACCUUUCACUAGUGGAUAAUAUUGAUGUUGCGUUAUGUUUUUAUUUGUUCCUAAUCAGCCUGUGAACGUGGAGCGAGAGAACGUGCGCGAGAGAGAGAGGGGGAAAAAAACGUCAGGAAUGAUAAAAAAAAAUUAAAUACACAUGAUGACUCAAAGAUACUGAGACACAGACUCAGAACAUUACAUCUGAAUUUUGGUAAACUGAUUCAAGAUCAUUUGACUUUAUGUCAUAAUCACGACUUCUCCUGAUUCUUCUCGUGACCUUUUAUUUUGUAUAUGCAACAGACAUAUACAAGUCUUGAAAAGGUUGGUACCUUCCAUGAAUAUAUUCAAAUUUUAUUCAUUACUUUUAGGCUCACGUUGAAACUUAGAAAAUCAAAAUUGUUGAGAAAGGAUUCAUUUAAAAAUAAUCGUUUGUUCUCUUGAACGAUCUCGAAAAUGAGCGACUUCUCUCCAACUUUCACGUUUUCUCAGAAUGUUUCAGGAAAAUUCUUUUGGUUCCGACCUGACAAAAACAAACAGUCUCAAGUUUCAGAACAAACGACUUCUCUCAGUUGUGAUGUUCCGGCGUGUGUGUGUGUGUGUGUGUGUGUGUGUGUGCGCGUGUGGAGCUGAUCGGACGGUAGCAUUAAUAAGAAAACUAAACGUUUGUGUAAAUAAUCUUUCUCUGGUGUCCCUCUGCUCUUGAGCGUUCCGCCGUCACAGACGAUGUGAUUUUUUUGUGUUUUUUUGAAAAAGGACAAACGUUGAAGGACACAAGGGAUAAGACGAGAAGACGACGACGACGGAUCCGUCGGGAGACUUUCACGUUUUUUGCUUUUUUUGUUUCUUCUCGUCGUCGUUUCGUUUCUUCUCGUCUCUCUGUCGUCAAUCUAACAGGGAUUUGUAAAUGUUUUGUUUUUUGUUCAAUGCCUUGAACUUUGUGGAACAUGAACAUGUGCCUUCCAGGUCGUACUGUUGUAAAUGACAAUGCAUCAAUGAAGAACUUGAACUCGCCUCUUUUUUUUCUUUUUGAAACAAAAUCGGUUAAAACACACGAGCAGACGUCAGAAACCAACUAUGCAUCAUCACUCGGCACGCCGCCCGUUCGCGCUCGCCGCCCGUGUGCAGCUUUUAUACCGACUCAACCAACCAGACAUGAUGUAGCAAAUCCUCCUUUCUCCUGUUGUUUAUUUAAAAAACAAGUGUGAAGAAUAUUUUGUGGCAUUUUUAUUUUUAUUUUCCACCACGUGUUAAGACACAUUUGCUUAUUUUUCUUUUCUUCUUUCCGUUUAGUUUACUGGAAUAAUAUAGCACUUUGCCAAAAAUUGUAAAAAGGAAAAAAAAGGUGUAGGAAUUUUUUAGGUUUAACGUUUUUAUUUUAUUUAUCGACAUAACUUUGUAUUUUAAAUUGUAUGAAUGAUCAAUUCUCUCCGUUGUGAUGUCGGAAACAAAUACACAAGAAUGCUGAUGGAACAGCGGAGGUCAUCUUGUUUUUCAACUGUAAUAGUUAAUACCUGUGAUCUCUUCUUCGCCCUUAAUAAAUGUUUUCAUACGCA